GCAUGACAGUUGCACUCUGUGUUGUAUAACCACCCAGUGUUCCCUCCCGGAAACUCUCUCUCUCUCUCGUUGAAGACAAUCACUUGUGGACAAACCCUUGAUUUGCUAGUUCAGGUAGCUCAAAAUCACAGCCUUUCUCGGUGUUUAAGCCUGUGUACUUUGAAGCCAUUCAGCAAUGCCCUUCUUGGACGUACUCAUUUGAAACUAAUCACUGAAUCACCGACAAUUAUUGAUGUCUUAGCCGCAAUCCAGUUCAAAUUUCUCUGCGUUAUUCCACAAAACCUUACUCCACUAAAGUCCCUUUUGUAGCUUUCUCUUUGUUACUCUCCUAUUUUCCCAGUAAACACCCUAGAAUUUCCACCGUUUUCACAGAAAAUCCUUCUAGGGCUUUCAUAUUAUUUUACCCUUUUGCUUUUCCGGAGAAAUUCCCCUGAGAAAGGUAGAAAAUUUUCCAGAGUCGAAAAUGCAACCAUUCCUUCCAUCCACUUUCUUUUGCCUCGCCGCUGGAUUAUCGUUCAUGAACUACUUGGCCGUCGCUGAGAUAGUGACGUGCUCCGGAUUAGUGCCAAUGAGGUACAGAAACGAUAAGAUAGCGAUCACUGACUUUGGAGGCAUUGGUGACGGAAUGACACUGAAUACCAAAGCGUUUCAAGAGGCGAUUUAUCGGAUUGAGCAUUUGAAGAGGAGAGGAGGCACACUUCUUUACAUACCUCCUGGGGUGUAUCUAACUGAGAGCUUUAAUCUUACCAGUCACAUGACGCUGUAUUUGGCUAAGUAUGCUGUUAUCAAAGCCACAAAGGAUACAAGGCAUUGGCCUUUAAUUGCUCCCUUGCCUUCUUAUGGAAGAGGGAGAGAGCGUCCUGGAGGAAGGUAUAUGAGCUUUAUCCAUGGAGAUGGGCUUCAUGAUGUGGUUAUUACUGGUGAGAAUGGAACGAUUGAUGGCCAAGGCGAUGUCUGGUGGAACAUGUGGAGACAACGAACUCUCCAAUUCACUAGACCAAAUCUUAUCGAAUUCAUGAACUCCAGAAGCAUAAUCAUUUCCAAUGUGAUUUUCAAGAACUCACCCUUCUGGAACAUCCACCCUGUAUAUUGUAGCAAUGUUGUUAUUAGAUACGUCACCAUUUUAGCUCCAUCCGACUCUCCCAACACCGAUGGAAUUGAUCCAGAUUCAAGCUCCCAUGUCUGCAUUGAGGACUCAUUCAUUUCUGCGGGAGAUGAUCUUGUGGCCGUGAAGAGUGGGUGGGAUGAGUAUGGGAUUGCUUAUGGUCGCCCUAGCCAUGACAUAACCAUCAGGCGGAUAACUGGAUCAUCCCCAUUUGCUGGUAUUGCAGUUGGAAGUGAAACCUCUGGUGGUGUGGAGAACGUAUUAGCUGAGAAUAUAAACCUUUACAACAUGGGAGUUGGCAUCCAUCUGAAAACCAACAUUGGCAGGGGAGGGGUCAUACAAAAUAUUACUAUUUCUGAUGUUUAUAUGGAAAAUGCACGGCAGGGGAUAAAGAUUGCAGGUGAUGUCGGGGACCAUCCUGAUGGCAACUUCAACCCAAAUGCCCUCCCGGUCGUGAAGGAAGUCACAAUUAAAAAUGUAUGGGGUGAAAAGGUUCUGCAACCAGGCUUGAUCCAUGGCCUGAAAGAUGCCCCCUUUACUGGUAUAUGUCUAUCUAACAUCAACCUUCCUGGUGCCAUAAGGCCAAGGAAUUCACCUUGGCAAUGUUCUGACGUAAGUGGGGCUGCUGUUCAAGUUAGCCCGUGGCCGUGUUCCGAACUGACCAGCAACCAUCAGACCGGUGCAUGCUCUAGGUCCUUCUAA